UCACACACAGACAGCGUUGUUAGAAAAUAAAUGCCCCUAAAUGGUCAUCAGUGCGAUAAAGAGUUUGAGCCAUAACGUGCCCUCCGUUUGAAGGCUGCGGAAACAACCAACAUUCCUCACAGAGUGAUAGGCUGAAAGGUUGCACUUGACACUAUUUGUUGUCCUGCAGCUGUCAUGUUCUAUCACUCUGUUAGAUGAUCCUGUCAGGUCUAUGUUCCUGCUUGAAGGUGGUUGGAUACUCAGCAUUAUAUCAACUGCAGUGGACCAGAGACAGAGCUCAGAGAGGUACCAGGUGAAGUCACACAUCAGAGAUACGACUCAACUACUUGUCAGUACAGUUGGAAUCAUACAGUAGAUAUUACCAUUACAAGUCAGUAAGAAAGGUAAUUAAACAGUUAGUUAAGAUGGAUGACUACGUCAACAAAGAGGUUGUUGAAAUUGACAAGGUUAUUGAAGGAAACCAGAAUGGAGCAAUGAGGAGAGUGACAACUGAGACACAUCCCUCAGUGUGUAUCUCCCCAGGACCUGACGUUUCAGGGAGAAGAAUCUACGGGAUGGUUGCUGUAAGCUUUGGGAUGCUAUGUGUUCUACAAGUCACUCUCAACAUCUCCCUGCGACUAGAAUCAGACUGUCUGACUGAAGAGAGAGACCAGCAACAGAGUGAGAAAUAUGAAAAGUUCUCUAUUCCGGGCUGGAACAAGUUUCAAUCCUGUUGGUACUUCGUCUCUUCUGAGAGAAAAACCUGGAGUGAGAGCAGACAGGACUGUAUGGAGAAAGGAUCAGACCUGGUGAUCGUAAACAGCAUAGAGGAACAGAGAUUUCUCUUUGCCCUCAACAAGAGAUUCUGGAUCGGUUUGACUGACAGAGAGACUGAGGGGUCCUGGAAAUGGGUUGACGGCACACCACUGAUAACAAGUUACUGGAUGAUCAACCAGCCUGAUAAUGGACGAAGUAUUCCGGGGGAGGACUGUGUUGAAUUACAAAAUGGACAAUAUCAGCCUGAAAAGACAUGGAAUGAUUUAAAUUGUGCACUAAAACUUUUCUGGAUUUGUGAGUUGUGUAAACAAUAACCUACCGUAACAACUC